AUUAUCAAAGAGUGAAAGUAAGAAAAAUAAAAAUGGAAGGCGCUCAAGGAGGUUCAUCAUCAUCAUCAAGAGGUUUAUUUACUAGUGCAAUGACACUUAGCCAAUUGGGGGUUUCUCAUGUCCCUCAACGUUAUGUUCUUCCUCCAUCUCAACGCCCAAAUCCUACAACUAAAUACUGCCCUUCUGCUAAUCUUCCCAUUGUAGACCUUUCCUCUUUACAACAUCCUACUCUUAGACCUAAUGUGAUUCAUGAGAUUCGGAUGGCUUCUAAGGAACUAGGGUUCUUUCAGGUGAUUAAUCAUGGAAUUCCUCAUUCAGUAAUAAACCAUGCCAUGGAAGCUGCAACUGAGUUCUUCAACUUGCCCAUUGAGGAAAAAAUGCUUCUGUUUUCUGAUUAUACUCAUGAACCUGUAAGGUAUGGAACAAGUUUAAAUCAUGUUGUGGACCAAGUUCACUAUUGGAGAGACUUUGUCAAGCACUAUUCCCAUCCGAUCUCUGAUUGGAUCCACCUUUGGCCAUCCAAUCCUCCUACUUACAAGGAGAAGAUGGGAAACUACACAAAAGCAAUUCACGUGUUACAAAAGCAACUCAUGGGACUUGUGUUUGAAAGCUUAGGGUUAAACCCUAAUUACUUAGAACAAGAAGUUGAAAAUGGUGCACAAGUCCUAGCUGUGAAUUGCUACCCUCCCUGUCCCCAACCCGAGCUCACCCUUGGGAUACCGCCACAUUCCGAUUACGGUUCCCUAACAAUCUUACUCCAAAGCUGUCCAGGGCUACAGGUCAUGGACAGCAACAAAAACUGGGUCUCGGUCCCGGCCAUUGAAGGAGCUCUUAUAGUUCAACUUGGAGAUCAAAUGGAGGUGAUGAGCAAUGGGCAAUACAAAGGUGUUGUUCACCGAGCAACAGUUAACAUGGCGAACCAGAGAUUCUCCAUUGCUAGUCUCCAUAGCCUAGCUUUGAGCAAGAAAAUUGGACCAGCACCACAACUUGUUGAUGAACAACACCCAAAAGCCUACGAAGAGUUCAGCUUUCAGGAUUUUCUUGAUUUCAUUUCAAGAAAUGAUAUUAUGAAGGGAAGGUUUAUUGAUACUGUUAAGAAUAAUAUUCCAUGA